AUGAUAUCAAUGCGAAUGAAGAUAAGAGUGCACCUUCAUAAAAGGAAGCAAUUUUUAGUUGUGGUGACGUUGUCCGUAAUUUUAAUAAUACUAUGUUUGUUUACAUUUAAAUCACUACCAACUGGAGUCAAAUCGGAAUUAAAACAAUCACAGAAGAACGUAUUCGAGUUUGGUGCAUUUAAAAAUGGAUACUAUGUUGAUCCAGAUUCAAUAACAUUAACCGAUGAACCUGAAUUUGAUCUCGAGAAAACAGAUACCAAGUAUUCGUUGUUUAAUGACAGUAUAUUUGCCCAAUUGAAGGAUCUUGAUACAGUGGAAAAAUGUAACAAACUUGCAAGGUCUUUAAUAUUGAAUUCUAGGUCUGACGUAUUUGAUAUAGCUGGUUCCAUGGAGUCAUUAAUUAGGAACGUAGAAAGAUUUAGAAUAUAUGAUCACUGUUUCUUAAGAGGUAAUGUGGAAUUAAAAGAUAUAUUUGUUGAUGAUUUGAAUCUAAUGACGCAAUUAACACAUACGUUAUUCCCAUUUCUGAAUAUACAAUUCACCAAUGAAUAUCAAUUUAAUGAGAUUUUAAUCUCAGAUUUGACUACAAAUGAAGAGAAAACAGUGGUGUUUCAUAAACAUAUGGGUAACCCCUUUGAACAUUGGAUAAAGACAGCAAAAGGGAAAGGUAUUGUGACGACAAUGUCAAUAAAAGAAAUAGAUUAUUUUUUGAGACUUACCAAAGUUCUUGAUAAGUUGGGAAAUAAAUUACCAAUCCAAAUAGUUGUUAGUAAUUUAAACGAUUUUUAUAUUAUUAAAAAUACUUUAAAGAAGAAACUUAUCAAUUCAAACCAAAAUGUAAUGGUAUUAAAUGUAUCUCAAUUACUUGAUACAGAAUUUACAAAAUUGAAAGUUAAGGGUUACAUUAAUAAAUGGAUUGCUACUUUGUUCAAUACAUUCGAAGAAUUUAUAUUUAUGGAUGUAGAUGUGGUACCAUUUCAACAAAUUAAUAAGUUUUUUAAGACUUCAGAAUACAAAAAUCAUGGUUUCUAUAUGUAUCGUGAUAGAGAUAUUGGUCAUGCCAAACUUGAACCUCACUGCAGAGCAAAUUAUUUCAAUUUAGAACCUACACCGCAAGAACAUCAGUUAAUUGGAACCCAAUGGGCCUUUAAUUUAAAAUCAAGUAGUUCACAAUCGUCUAAAGUUAAAAGCACUCAACAUGAGGUGUAUCAUUCCUUUUUCAAUAAUUUAAUUAUGCAUCAAGUUGAUAGUGGACUAGUUUUAAUACGAAAGACUGUUGAAAACUAUAGCAGUUUAUUGAUGGCUAUGCAGUUAAAUAUGGCAGAUAGCUUAGAGGAUUGUGUCCAUGGCGAUAAAGAGUACUUCUGGUUAGGCCCACUAAUUGCAGGUCACACAUAUUCUGUUGACCCAACAAGAUGUGGAGCUGUAGGCUCAUUAUACGAAGAAGAAGAACAAGUAAACGAUGGCGAAAAUAUUAAGAGAGUUGGUGUAUGUUCUACACAGAUAGGCCAUUGUAAUAACAAAAAUUCAUUACUCUGGUUAAAUGGUGGUGCAAAACUAUGUAAGAAUCCAGAAGCUGCAACGAACGAUUUCAAGAAUUAUCCAGAAUUCAUGUCAGAAAGAUAUGGGAACGUGGAUGAAUUAUCCAAAAUAUACAACUCGGGACUUAAUAUUGAUGGUAUGGUUAUUCCUGAUAGUAAGAAAGAUACUAUGACUUGGAUGCAAACAAGAGAGUGUUCCCAAUAUCGAUUUUGUGCGUAUGUUGACAUUUCAAAAAAGACCCACCCUUCGAAAUCAGGAAAUUUGAUCCGAUUCGAUCAUAAACAAAUUAAAACUUACAAUGAGAUAUCCGCCAUUUGGUCCGAGGAUAUCGGAGAGUAA